ACUCCUCCCUCGAUCCCAUGCCCACUCAUGCGAUCAUGCGUCCGGACCGCGAGCAGCCUUCUGCAGGGCUGGCGGACGCGCUCUGCUCGCCCCAAUGGCUUCCCUGGGGCCCUUUGCAGCCUUGAACGCCUGCCAUCACUCGCCAGGAGCUAUGCGCAACCUUUCCGCCCCCAGUCGGAGCUGGAGAAACGCAUCGCUGAUAUCCCCAUCGAACGGUACCGCAAUUUCUGCAUCGUAGCCCACGUCGAUCAUGGCAAGUCGACUUUGUCUGAUCGCCUGUUGGAGCUUACAGGCACCAUCCAGCCAGGCGGAAACAAGCAGAUCCUCGACAAGCUGGACGUCGAGCGAGAGCGCGGCAUUACUGUCAAGGCGCAGACAUGCACCAUGAUAUACAACCACAAUGGCCAAGACUAUCUGCUGCAUCUGGUCGACACGCCCGGCCAUGUCGACUUCCGUGCCGAGGUGUCGAGGAGUUACGCCAGCUGCGGCGGCGCACUGCUUCUGGUGGAUGCCAGUCAGGGCGUGCAGGCGCAGACCGUUGCCAACUUCUACCUCGCCUUCUCGCAGGGCUUGACGCUCGUCCCCGUGCUGAACAAGGUUGACCUCCCUCACGCAGACCCGCCCCGUGUUCUCGAGCAAAUGCGAGAGACAUUCGAGCUGGACCCGGAAGCCGCGGUUCUCGUCUCUGCGAAGACGGGCUUGAAUGUUCCAGCGCUCCUCCCCACCGUCAUCGAGAAGAUACCUGCUCCCGUGGGCGACCUUAGCAAGCCUCUUCGUAUGCUACUCGUCGACUCGUGGUACGAUGUAUACAAGGGUGUCAUACUGCUGGUGCGUAUAUUUGAUGGGCAGGUGCGGCCUGGAGACACCAUUCGUUCUUUUGCCACUGGAAUCAAGUACAUUGUGGGCGAGGUGGGCAUCAUGUAUCCCGACCAGACACCGCAGACUGCGCUGAAAGCCGGCCAAGUGGGCUACAUCCACUUCAAUCCAGGCAUGAAGCGAUCACAAGAGGCCAAGGUUGGCGACACAUACACUACAAUUGGAUCUGAAAAACUGGUAGAGCCAUACCCUGGCUUUGAGGAACCCAAGAGCAUGGUCUUUGUGGCUGCCUUUCCCACAGAUCAGGACAACCACGAACAUCUAGAGGACAGCAUCGAGCAGAUCAUUUUAAAUGAUCGCAGUGUUACCCUGCAAAAGGAAUCGUCAGAUGCAUUGGGUGCUGGUUGGCGCUUGGGAUUCCUAGGCACCCUUCAUUGCUCCGUCUUUGAAGACCGCCUGCGUCAAGAGCAUGGAGCCAACAUCAUCAUCACGCCUCCCUCCGUACCCUUCAAAGUCAUGUGGAGAGACGGCACUGAAUCCAUCGUCACUAACCCCAACGAGUUCCCCGAUCAAGAUCAAGCCCAUUUCAGGGUUCAAGAAGUCCAUGAACCUUAUGUAUUGGUGACUGUCACCUUGCCAGACGAGUAUCUCGGUGAAGUCAUUAAGCUAUGCGAGUCCAAUCGUGGCGAGCAAAAGGAGCUCACCUUCUUCACUGCUACGCAGGUCAUUCUCAAAUACGACUUGCCGCUAUCGCAUCUCGUGGACGAUUUCUUUGGUAAGCUCAAAGGUGCUACCAAAGGUUACGCGUCUCUCGACUACGAAGACGCAGGCUUUCGCAAGUCUUCCAUCGUCAAGCUCAACCUCCUUGUCAACGGGCAAGCCGUCGAUGCCGUAUCACGGGUGAUGCAUACAUCGCAGAUCGAAAAGGUCGGCCGUCAAUGGGUCGAGAAGUUCAAAGAGCACGUUGAGCGUCAAAUGUUUGAGGUUGUGAUUCAAGCAGCAUGUGGAAAACGCAUAAUCUCAAGAGCCACCAUCAAGCCGUACCGUAAGGACGUCCUAGCAAAGCUCCAUGCGAGUGAUCUAUCACGCAGGAGGAAACUACUAGAGAAGCAGAAGGAGGGACGGAAGAAGCUCCGGGCUGUCGGCAGCGUUGUGAUAGAGCAGGAAGCUUUCCAAAAGUUCCUGGCCAAGUAGUAAAUUUGAUACCCAAUAUCUCCUCUCAUCGACUACCCUAUGC